ACUAACCAAAACCCUCUAAUUUUUUUUAGGGUUUAACGACUCCAUUGUUGCAUUUCUCUCACCUCCAAAAUUUGUAGGGUUUAACACUCUCUCAUCAUCUAAAACCCUAACCACCAUGAAUUACAGGUUCCAGAACCUUCUAGGAGCUCCCUACAGGGGAGGAAACGUCGUUGUUUCCGGCAACAACCGCUUAGUUUCAUCCGUCGGUAACCGUAUUUCCGUCACCGACCUCAUCAAAUCGGAAACAAUAACUCUACCUUGUCAAUUCUCAGCAAACAUCUCUCGUAUCGCGGUAUCGCCUGACGGAAACUUCAUUCUCGCCGUUGAUGAGAACAGCAGGUCCCAAUACAUCAAUCUCCACCGUCGGAUUGUUCUUCAUAGAAUCACUUUCAAGGGUAAAGUUUCUUGCCUUCAGUUUAGCCCAAAUGGGCAGUUUAUUGCUGUUGCUGUUGGUAAAUUGAUUCAAAUUUGGCGGUCUCCUGGUUUUAGGAAGGAGUUUUUCCCAUUUGAAUUAGUUAGGACUUUUGCUGAUUUUGAUGAUAGGGUUACUUGCUUGAAUUGGAGCCCGGAUUCGGGGUAUUUGAUCGCAGGUUCAAGUGAUUUGACUGUGAGGUUGUUUUGUUUGAGUAAAUGGAAGGAGUUUAAGAAUAAUAAGCCAUUUUUGUUUCUGGGUCAUAGGGAUGUAAUUGUGGGUGCAUUUUUCGGGGUUGAUAAGAAGACAGGUAAGGUUUCACGGGUUUAUAGUGUUUCGCGUGAUGGGGGGUUGUUUAGUUGGGUUUAUCCUGAUUUUGAUGCUAAGUUGGGUGAAUUGGGAGAGAGGAAUGUGGAAAUGGCUGACCCUCCUUCUCCCGGGACGCCUGAUAAGAUGGACGAGGAUGGCGGUGUUGGUGGCGAUGAUGUUAAAGCUGUGGAUAGUGUGAAGAAGAGGAAGGAGUUUGAUGGGAAAGAAAACGAUUUUGAGGAUGAAGGGAGUGAGUUUUUGUUGCAUAAGAUGAAGUGGGAGUUGCUGAAAAAGGAUUACUUUAUGCAAGCACCGGCUAAAGUGACUGCCUGUGAUUAUCACCAGGGUAUUGAUCUUGUAGUUGUGGGAUAUUCAAGUGGGGCUUUUGGGUUGUACCAAAUGCCUGAUUUUGUUUGCAUACACAUGUUGUCGAUUUCGCGGGAGAAGAUCACUACUGCUGUUUUUAAUGACCUGGGUAACUGGUUGACCUUUGGAUGUGCAAGGCUUGGCCAACUGCUUGUGUGGGAAUGGAAGUCAGAGAGUUAUAUUUUGAAGCAGCAGGGCCAUUAUUUUGACGUUAAUUGUCUUGCUUAUUCGCCUGAUUCUCAGCUCCUGGCUACUGGAGCUGAUGAUAACAAAAUCAAGGUUUGGAAUGUCUUAUCAGGAUUUUGUUUUGUGACAUUUCCCGAGCAUACUAAUGCAGUCACAGCCCUCCAUUUUAUGGCUAACAAUCAUAGCCUCUUAAGUGCGUCUUUGGAUGGAACAGUUCGUGCAUGGGACCUUUUCCGGUAUCGGAACUUUAGGACAUUUACUACACCUUCUUCUAGGCAGUUUGUUUCUUUGACUGCUGAUCAGAGUGGUGAAGUGAUAUGUGCUGGAACUUUAGACUCAUUUGAGAUUUUUGUUUGGUCAAUGAAAACAGGACGUUUGCUUGAUGUUCUAAGCGGUCAUGAAGGGCCUGUGCAUGGAUUAAUGUUUUCUCCGUCAAAUGCAAUUUUGGCUUCGUCUUCAUGGGACAAAACCGUGCGGCUGUGGGAUGUUUUUGAAGGAAAGGGUUCUGUUGAGACAUUUCAACAUGUCCAUGAUGUUCUUACUGUUGUUUACCGUCCCGAUGGAAAACAACUAGCUUGCAGCACAUUAGAUGGCCUAAUUAGUUUCUGGGAUCCCCUAGAAGGUUCAUUAAUGUAUACUAUUGAGGGUCGUAGAGAUAUUGCUGGAGGUCGGUUAAUGACUGAUCGCAGAUCAGCAGCUAACUCUACCUCAGGAAAGUAUUUCACAACUUUAUGCUUUUCUGCUGAUGGAAGCUACAUACUGGCUGGUGGCAAUAGCAAAUUUAUUUGCAUGUAUGAUGUUGCUGAGCAGGUAUUGUUGCGGAGGUUUCAAAUAACUCACAACCUUUCACUUGAUGGGGUCUUGGAUGUCUUAAACUCUAAAAAGAUGACAGAAGCCGGUGCUCUGGAUCUAAUUGAUGAUGACAAUAGUGACACAGAGGAAGGCAUCGACAAACAAACACGGGGAAAACUGGGUUUGGAUUUGCCAGGAUCUAUGCCUAACCGUGGAAGGCCUGUUAUUCGAACAAAGUGCCUGAGAUUAGCCCCUACUGGACGCAGUUUUGUGGCCGCAACAACAGAGGGAGUUCUAGUAUAUUCUGUUGAUGAAUCCUUUAUUUUUGAUCCCACUGAUCUUGACAUAGAUGUUACUCCUGAGGCAGUUGAUGCAGCACUAAACGAAGAUCAACCAAGCAGAGCUCUAAUCCUGAGUCUCAGAUUAAAUGAAGAUUCGCUCGUGAAAAAGUGUAUUCUUGCUGUCAAUCCUAUCGAUAUACCAGCUGUUGCCUCGUCAGUUCCUUUCAGAUAUCUGCAAAGAUUAAUCGAGGCAUUGACAGAACUGUUGGAGGGCUGCCCGUUUUUGGAGUUCAUUCUUAGAUGGUGUCAGGAAAUCUGCAAAGCUCAUGGUAAAUCUAUCCAACAAAGUUCAAGAAACAUGCUUCCGGCCUUGAAAUCUUUGCAGAAAGCAAUUAUUAGUUCGCAUCAGGAUUUGGCGGAGAUGUGCUCCUCUAAUGAAUAUACACUAAGAUAUUUGUGUUCAACUAGCGCCAAUAAAUGAUUUUGGAUGUGGUCAAUUCAUGAUCCAAUUCCAAAUGUAGGCCUUGUACACAUCACUAUUCAUCAUCUUUUUGGGUUCAAUUGUAUUACUGUUGUACUAAUAUUUUCCAGUUUUAUGCAAAGAAAAGGUUGAGUUCAUAA